AUUUUGUUCGUUCAUUUAGCCGUUUUAAUCCAUAACAUUCUGGCAGCACUGUUCAAAACUACAAUUCGAUGAUGUGGAAUUUGUUGAUUUAAACCAUUGAAUUUUUGAAAAACCACCCAGGGAGAUGGACAUAACUCAACAAUUUAAGGCUAGUGUUAUGACAGUCAGGCUGCAGCGCAAAGCGGAACUGACGGCAGCCAAGACAAACAAGACACAGGAGAAGCAACAUAAACAACGACAAAGUACGGCCGGGGCUACACAAUCAGAGGACGAUUUUGGCAAAGAGGCUAAGAAUGUGUGCAACAAGAUUACCACGCUGCGCAAUGUGCUCAUAGAGAACCGUACAGCCUAUAUGCGCAUUGGCCAGCAUUUGAAAAGCGCUACACACAUGACAGAUGCACAGCGCGAUCUAAUUGAUCGCGAGUCAGAGAAAUUCGUGACGUUCUAUACACAGCAUUUGGCCAAUAUGCGCAGUGACUGGAAGAGCUCAAAGCGGAAGACACAGGAGCGUCAGCAUAUUGAGGCGGUGCUUGACUUGUUGGUCAGUUAUUUGCACAGCGUCGAGCAAAUUUACCUAGAUCAAAAGAAAUAUCGCGUACAACACGAACUGGAGACUUACAGAUUGCUUAAGCUGGCGGCUGACAAGAAAAAGAUACCAGUGCGUCCCGCAGGUGCCAGCAGCGGCAAAUUAGCCAAGCGUCAGCUAAGUAAUGGUAGCGCUAUUAGUGAAGAAGAGUCAACGUCAGCAGCAAAAGAUGAGGCUGAUGAAAAUGAUUGGAAUGACAGCUGGGAGGGAUGGGAUGAUGAACAGCAGCAACAGCAACAGCAGAGCGAAGACCAGUCCCAUAAACGCACUAGCAUAACAGCAGAUCACAGGACAGUGCAAAGGCACAAGCGUAAACCGAAAGCAAAAAUGUUAAACAAUUCCGAUUCGUCGGCAAAAGUGGCGCUCGAUGAGGACAUCCAAAAGACUGCCAUGCAGCAGGAAGAGAACACACUAAGCGCCGAGGAUAUGCAGCUCUUUGAAGCUGAAAACGGGCAUAUAUACAAUAUGCUGCAGGGCGUCUCCGAGGAAGUUGAACAAAUAGGAAAGAAUGUGGUGGACAUAGCGCAAUUGCAGGAUAUAUUUACAGAGAAGGUGGCUAUGCAGCAGCAUAAUAUCGAGCGCAUUGUUAGUGCUGUUGUGGGCACUACCGAGAAUGUUAAGGAUGCUAACGAGCAAAUACGUCAGGCGACACAAAGAAAUGCAGGAUUACGGGUCUAUUCCUUGUUCUUCUUGCUGGUCAUGUCAUUCUCAUUGCUAUUUCUCGACUGGUACUAUGACUAAAUUAUUAGUGUAAACUUAAUUAAAUGUUUGUUAUUGCAGUAAAACAAAUUUUUGUUUAUUAUCAAAGUUCAUAUUUGUAAACGACAAACAAUUGUAUGCUGUUCUAAACGAAUUUGAGCUUAGCCUUAGCCAAGUAUUAAAGCAACUCUUGUUAAUGUCAGUGUACGUGUAAGUGCAUUUGUGUGCGCGUGUUUCAAUUUAGCUCGGACAGCUUUAAUAAAAACUAAACUGCUUGGCAUUAAACUAUUUGAAAGUUUGUGUUGUUUGUUUAUCCGUAAAAUAUAUGAAAGUAACGACUGUUUGAUGGCAGCAUUGGUCGAUGAUUUUAGAGUUUUGCAGUUACAAUGUGUGUAUAGAUAUACAUAAAAAUUCUGUUCAUUGAAUUGAUUGAAUACUUAGUCACUAACUUAAGCGUAGAUAAGUAGAGCUAGUUUGUAUAUAGGCUACAUUCGGUAUGUUUGUUUUUUAGGCUUCUAAUGUGUGGGCAUUUUUAAUGCAGUCU